CGCGCCGAGGAGGUGGUGUCCUUCGAGGAGUACAGCCGACCGCUGCUGGACUCGGUGGCCGCGCUGCCGCCCGGAGAAAUGGCGGUGCUCGUCGGCCACAGCUUCGGCGGGCAGAGCCUCGCCCAGGCCAUGGAGAGGUACCCGGAUAAGGUCGCCGUCGCCGUCGCCGUCUUCGUCUCGGCCGCCAUGCCCGCCGCCGGGAAGCCCAUGACGCUCGUCUUCGAACAGUUUUCCCAAGAAACGGGACCAGAUUUCUACAUAGACCGCACAUUGGGAACCAGCGGCGAUCCCCAGCAUCCGGUAGAGUCAUUUCUGCUCGGACCACAGUACUUGGCACAGAGAUUGUAUCAGCUCAGCCCUCAUGAGGACCUGACCCUGGCAAUGGCGAUGGUGAGGCCACGGCGGCGGACCCUGAACGACGCGACGAUGAAGGGGAACGUGCUGACGGCAGAGCAGUACGGCGCAGUGAGGCGCGUGUGCGUGGUCGCCGAGGACGACGCGUCGUGGUCGGCCGAGUUCCAGCGGCGGGUGGCCUCGUGGAACCCCGGCGCGGAGGUGAGGGUGUUGCAGGGAACUGAUCAUAUGCCAAUGUUCUCGACGCCAAGGGAGCUCUCAAAGCUACUCAUGGAGAUAGCCAACAAGUACUCUUGA